AUGACUGAGAACAUGAAGGAGUGUUUGGCGCAGACCAAGGCAGCUGUGGGGGACAUGGUGACUGUGGUGAAGACAGAAGUCUGCUCACCUCUCCGUGACCAGGAGUAUGGCCAGCCCUGUUCUAGGAGACCAGACCCCUCGGCCAUGGAAGUGGAGCCCAAGAGACUGAAGGGGAAGCGUGACCUCAUCGUGCCCAAAAGUUUCCAGCAAGUGGACUUCUGGUUCUGCGAGUCCUGUCAGGAGUACUUUGUGGAUGAAUGCCCGAAACAUGGCCCCCCGGUGUUUGUGUCUGACACGCCGGUACCUGUGGGCCUACCAGACCGGGCCGCCCUCACCAUCCCACAGGGCAUGGAGGUGGUCAAGGACGCCAAUGGGGAGAAUGACGUGCGGUGCAUAAAUGAGGUUAUCCCCAAAGGCCACAUCUUUGGCCCUUACGAGGGACAGAUCUCCACCCAAGACAAAUCGGCUGGCUUCUUCUCUUGGCUGAUUGUGGACAAAAACAACCGCUACAAGUCCAUAGAUGGGUCAGACGAGACGAAAGCCAACUGGAUGAGGUAUGUGGUCAUCUCCAGGGAGGAGAGGGAGCAGAACCUCCUGGCAUUUCAGCACAGCGAGCACAUCUACUUUCGGGCAUGCCGGGACAUCCGGCCCGGGGAGUGGCUGCGGGUCUGGUACAGUGAGGACUAUAUGAAGCGCCUGCACAGCAUGUCCCAGGAAACCAUCCAUCGCAAUCUGACCAGAGGAGAGAAGCGGUUGCAGAGGGAGAAGUCUGAGCAGGCUCUGGAUCACCUAGAGGACCUGAGGGGUCCCGUUCACCUCCCUGUGUUGAAACAGGGCAAAAGUUCCUACAAGCGUGGCUUCGACGAGGGGGACGUACACCCCCAGACCAAGAAGAAGAAGAUUGACCUCAUUUUCAAGGAUGUGUUGGAGGCCUCGCUGGAAUCUGCCAAGGUGGAAGCACACCAGCUGGCCCUGAGCACCUCGCUGGUCAUCAGGAAAGUCCCCAAAUACCAGGGCGAUGCCUACAGUCGGUGUGCAAUGACCAUGUCGCAUGGCAUGCAGAAUGUCAGCCGGACCCAGGGGGAGGGGGACUGGAAAGCCCCGCACGGGGCUUCUACGGAGCCAGGCCCAUUGGAUGAUGAAGAGGAGGAGCCUUCAUCCUUCAAGGCCGACAGUCCUGCUGAGGCCUCCCUUGCGUCCGACCCUCAUGAGCUUCCCACCACCUCCUUUUGCCCCAAUUGUAUUCGCCUGAAGAAGAAGGUUCGGGAACUCCAGGCAGAGCUAGACAUGCUUAAGUCUGGGAAGCUUCCUGAGCCCUCUGUAUUGCCAGCGCAGGUACUGGAGCUCCCAGAGUUCUCAGACCCUGCAGCCUCAGAGAGCAUGGUCUCCGGCCCCGCCAUCAUGGAGGACGAUGACCAGGAGGUCGAUUCGGCAGAUGAAUCGGUCUCCAACGAUAUGAUGACUGCCACCGACGAGCCCUCCAAGAUGUCGUCUGCCGCCGGGCGCCGGAUCCGGCGCUUCAAGCAGGAGUGGCUGAAGAAGUUCUGGUUCCUGCGGUACUCCCCGACCCUCAACGAGAUGUGGUGCCACGUGUGCCGCCAGUACACGGUGCAGUCCUCCCGCACCUCGGCCUUCAUCAUCGGCUCCAAGCAGUUCAAGAUCCACACCAUCAAGCUGCACAGCCAGAGCAACCUGCACAAGAAGUGCCUGCAGCUGUACAAGCUCCGCAUGCACCCCGAGAAGACGGAGGAGAUGUGCCGCAACAUGACCCUGCUCUUCAACACCGCCUACCACCUGGCCCUCGAGGGCAGGCCCUACCUGGACUUCCGGCCCCUGGCCGAGCUCCUGAGGAAGUGCGAGCUCAAGGUGGUGGACCAGUACAUGAACGAGGGCGACUGCCAGAUCCUCAUCCACCACAUCGCCCGGGCGCUGCGGGAAGACCUGGUGGAGCGCAUCCGCCAGUCGCCUUGCCUCAGCAUCAUCCUGGACGGGCAGAGCGACGACCUGCUGGCCGACACGGUGGCUGUCUAUGUCCAGUACACCAGCAGCGAUGGGCCCCCGGCCACAGAGUUCCUGUCCCUGCAGGAACUGGGGUUCUCUAGCACAGAGAGCUACCUCCAGGCGCUGGACCGAGCCUUCUCCGCCUUGGGUAUCCGGCUGCAGGAUGAGAAGCCAACCGUCGGCUUGGGCGUCGACGGGGCCAACAUCACAGCCAGCCUGCGCGCCAGCAUGUUCAUGACGAUCCGCAAGACGCUGCCCUGGCUGCUGUGCCUGCCCUUCAUGGUGCACCGGCCGCACCUGGAAAUCCUGGACGCCAUCAGCGGGAAGGAGCUCCCCUGCCUGGAGGAGCUGGAGAACAACCUGAAGCAGCUGCUGAGUUUCUACCGGUACUCGCCACGGCUCAUGUGCGAGCUGAGGUCCACGGCCUCGACCCUCUGCGAGGAGACCGAGUUCCUGGGGGACAUCCGGGCCGUGAGGUGGAUCAUCGGUGAGCAGAACGUCCUCAACGCCCUCAUCAAGGACUAUCUGGAGGUGGUGGCCCACCUCAAGGACGUCAGCAGCCAGACCCAGCGGGCGGACGCCUCGGCCAUCGCGCUGGCCCUGCUGCAGUUCCUCAUGGACUACCAGUCCAUGAAGCUCAUCUACUUCCUCCUGGACGUGAUUGCCGUGCUCUCGCGCCUGGCCUACGUGUUCCAGGGCCAGUACCUCCUGGUGUCUCAGGUGGAUGACAAGAUCGAGGAGGCCAUCCAGGAGAUCAGCCGGCUGGCCGACUGCCCGGGGGAGUACCUGCAGGAGUUCGAGGAGAAUUUCCGUGAGAGCUUCAACGGCAUCGCCGUGAAGAACCUCAGGGUGGCCGAGGCCAAGUUCCAGUCCAUCCGGGAGAAAAUCUGCCAGAAGACCCAAGUGAUCCUGGCCCAGAGGUUCGACUCUCGCAGCCGGAUCUUUGUGAAGGCCUGCCAGGUGUUCGACCUCGCCACCUGGCCCAGGAACAGCGAGGAGCUCCUGAGCUAUGGCAGGGAGGACAUGGUUCAGAUAUUUGAUCACCUGGAGGCCAUCCCGGCCUUCUCCCGGGACGUCUGUCGGGAAGGACUGGACCCCCGGGGGAGCCUGUUGAUGGAGUGGCGAGAACUCAAGGCUGAUUACUAUACCAAAAACGGCUUCAAGGACCUGAUCGGCCACAUUUGCAAAUACAAGCAGAGGUUUCCGCUCUUGAACAAGAUCAUCCAGGUCCUCAAGGUCCUCCCCACCUCCACCGCCUGCUGCGAGAAGGGUCGCAAUGCCCUGCAGCGAGUCCGCAAGAACCACCGCUCCCGCCUGACCCUGGAGCAGCUCAGCGACCUGCUGACAAUCGCGGUCAACGGCCCGCCCAUCGCCAACUUUGACGCCAAGCGAGCCCUGGACAGCUGGUUCGAGGAGAAGUCCGGCAACAGUUACUCUCUGUCCGCCGAGGUCCUCAGCAGGAUGUCUGCGCUGGAGCAGAAGCCGGUGCUGCAGACCGUAGACCACGGGUCCGAGUUCUACCCGGACAUUUAG